AUGAUAGAGGAGAUAAAAUAUUUUAACAAUCUAGAAGAAUUUUUAAAAUCUUCACUUUAAUCGCAUUAGACUCUGCAUAUUGAACUGAGGUAAUAAAUUUAAAAUAAAGGUGCUUCAGACUUAGGUUUUGGAUUAUCUAACUGCACUAAUCUUUCAAAUUUGAUACUUGAUCUUAAUGAAAACGAAAUAGGUGCUUAAGGUGCAUCAAACUUAGGUUCUGGUUUAGGAAAGUGUGUUAAUCUCUCAAUUUUGACACUUCACUUAUAACUUAAUUAAAUUCGUGAUAAAGGUGCAUAAGAAGUAGGUUCAGGUUUAGAAAAGUGCAUUAAUCUCUCAAAUUUAACACUUAAUCUAAAUAACAAUAAAAUUGGUGCUUAAGGUGCAUCAGACUUAAGUUCUGGUUUAGGAAAGUGCGUGAAUCUCUCAAAUUUGACAGUUAAUUUUGGUAACAAUAAAAUUGGUGCUUAAGGUGCAUCAGAAUUAAGUUCUAGUUUAGGAAAGUGCGGUAAUCUCUCUAAUUUGACACUUGAUUUUGGAGAAAAUUAAAUUACUGAUAAAGGUGCAUCAGACUUAGGUUCUAGUUUAGAAAGGUGUGCUAAUCUCUCAAAUUUGGCACUUUAUCUUGGUAACAACUAAAUUGGUAAUAAAGGUGCAUUAAACUUAGGUUUUAGCCUAGAAAAGUGCCUUAAUCUCUCAAAUUUGACACUUAAUCUUGGGUAUAAUAAAAUUGGUGCUCAAGGUGCAUUAGACUUAGGUUCUGGUUUAUAAAAGUGCACUAAUCUCUAAAAUUUGACUCUUAAUCUAAAUAACAAUUAAAUUGGUGAUAUAGGUGCAUCUCACUUAGGUUCUUCUUUAGGAAAAUGCACUAAUUUAUCAAAUUUGACACUUGAUCUAACGUUUAAUAAAAUUGGUGCCUAAGGUGCAUCAGGCUUAGGUUAUUGUUUAGGAAUGUGCACUAACCUAUCAAAUUUGACACUUCAUCUAUAAUAUAUUAAAAUUGGUGCUUAAGGUGCAUCAGAGUUAGGUUCUUGUUUAGGAAAGUGCAUUAAUCUCUCAAAUUUGACACUUAAUUUUUAUAGCAACUAAAUUGGUGCUUAAGGUGCAUCAGACUUAAGUUCUGGUUUAGGAAAGUGCAUUAAUCUCACAAAUUUGACACUUUAUCUUUAAUUUAAUUAAAUUGGUGCUUUAGGUGCGUCAGACUUAGGUUCUGGUUUCAAAAAGUGCUCUAAUCUCUCAAAUUUUACACUUGAUCUUGAGUAUAAUAAAAUUGGUGCUUAAGGUGCAUCAGACUUAGGUUCUAGUUUAGGAAAGUGUGUUAAUCUCUAAAAUUUGAAACUUAAUCUAACUAACAAUUAAAUUAGUGAUGAAGGCAUAUUAGACUUAAGUUCUGGUUUAGGAAGAUGUGUUAAUCUCAAAAAUCUGAUACUUAAUCUUAGUCAUAAUAACUUUGGUGCAACUAGUGUAUAAGUCUUAGGUUCUGCUUUAGAAAAUUGCACUAAUCUCUCAAUUUUGACAAUUAAUCUUGAUCUAAAUUAAAUUGGUGAUGAGUAUCCAUUAAGCUUAGGUUUUGGUUUAAGAAUGUGUACUAUUCUCUAAGAUUUGACGCUUAACCUAAAACUAAAUUAAAUUGGUUAUAAACGUGCAUAAGAUUUAGGUUUUAAUUUAGGAAAGUGUACUAAUCUCUAAAAUUUGACACUCGAUCUUGAGAAUAAUAACCUUGGUGCAGAUGGAGCUAAGAACAUUGGAAUGAGCUUGGAGAAGUGCCAAAAUAUAACAUCUUUGAAUCUCAAUCUAUGGUAUAAUAACCUUGGUGCAGAUGGAGCUAAGAACAUUGGAAUGAGCUUGGAGAAGUGCCAAAAUAUAACAUCUUUGAAUCUCAAUCUAUGGGAUAAUAACCUUGGUGCAGAUGGAGCUAAGAACAUUGGAAUGAGCUUGGAGAAGUGCCAAAAUAUAACAUCUUUGAAUCUCAAUCUAUGCUAUAAUAACCUUGGUGCAGAUGGAGCUAAGAACAUUGGAAUGAGCUUGGAGAAGUGCCAAAAUAUAACAUCUUUGAAUCUCGAUCUAUGGUAAUUUAACUAACUAUCAAUUUAUAUUUAGUUUGUUUUAAUUAAUACAUUUGUGAAAUUGAAACUUAAAACAAAUGGGUUUGGAGAAUUAAUUGAUUGA